AUGAUGUUAUUUUGGAAUCCCUCCUACACUCCUUAUUCCAGGGGUGUUGUGAGGUCGGCGCGCCUGAAAUUGCGCCCAGUACCGGUUGUCCACACACAGAAAUGGCUUUUGCCUAUACGUGGGCGCGGAAGGCUAUAUUCCACGCCAGCAAACGAUGAGACAACCCAGAAACGCUCUCUUUCUGUUCCCGCUUUACCUAGGUUCAAUGAGAUCGGCGUUCAGCAUCUCAGCGACUAUGUCCAUCCUCAGAUUUUCCCAAACAAGGGUCGGGUUCCCGAUCCCGAACUCGUUGCCCUCUCAAAAGAUCACCUAGCCAGACAUGACCUUCUUGGCAAAUCUCAGACCGGAGCCGAGCCGAUCGCCUUUGAUCUACCGCCUCUCCAUGGCCAGACACUUGACGAACACUUUCACAAGCUUGGAAUGGACGCAUCGGAACCAUAUUUGACAAAUGCCAAAGCCUUUGCAGCUCUUAGCUGCCCGACAAAACCGCGCAAGUGGGUCACGCGCAGUGGAUGGACAAAAUAUAAUUCGGACGGCUCAUCGGAGCCCGUGGAUGCGCCCAACGAGGAAAUGCUGACCUUUGAUACCGAGGUCAUGUACAAGGAUAAUCCUUUUGCGGUCAUGGCUUGUGCGGUGAGCCCGACAGCUUGGUAUGCAUGGUUAUCCCCUUGGCUUUUGGGAGAAUCGGAAGAAAAGGUGCAGUUGAUUCCCUUGGGAGACCCUUCGCAGCCAAGAAUUGUCGUUGGACAUAACAUCGGUUAUGACCGUGCCCGAGUCUUGGAGGAGUACGACAUGAAACAGACUCGUAACUUUUUCCUUGAUACAAUGUCGCUCCACGUCGCCGUAAACGGCAUGUGUUCGCAGCAAAGACCAACUUGGAUGCGUCAUAAGAAGAACAAAGAUUUGAGGGACAAGAUUGCGAGCGAGCAAAAUUCCGUGGAAUUGGCGGCGUUGCUUGAGAACAACAUGCUCAGAGAAGAGGAAGAGGAGCUUUGGGUGGGAAGGAGCUCAGUCAACUCCUUACGGGAUGUCGCCAAGUUUCAUUGCGAUGUCACGAUAGACAAGGCUCAAAGAGACUUUUUCGGCGAGCUUGAUCGGGAAACGCUUCUCACAAAGUUGGACGAACUAGUCGACUACUGCGCUGCCGACGUUGCAAUUACCCAUCGGGUCUUCAGGAAAGUCUUUCCUAACUUCUUGGAGACUUGCCCUCAUCCCGUCAGUUUUGGAGCCCUUCGCCAUCUCUCCUCAGUCAUUCUUCCUGUGAAUCAGACCUGGCAAGAAUAUCUCACCCAAGCUGAAGAGACCUACCACAAACGACUCGACGAAGUCCAACGAAAACUCCUCGAGCUAUGCGACGGAGCUUUGGAGGUGAAAGCUCAACCCGACGUGUACACGAGUGAUCCCUGGCUACAGCAGCUGGACUGGUCUGGCCAGGAGAUCAAAAUGGUCAAGGGCAAGAAAAAGGGCGACCCUCCCCGUCCUGCUGCUAGGCAAAAGAAACCAGGCAUGCCCAAGUGGUACAAGGAUCUUUUCCCUUCUAGCAAUGCCGACAUCAAUCUCACCGUCCGCACAAGGAUUGCUCCUAUCCUGCUCAAGCUGUCUUGGGAUGGUUACCCGCUUGUUUGGUCUGACAAGUAUGGGUGGACUUUCCGGGUUCCUCGUGACCAAGUCAAGAAAUACGAGAACCAACCGGUUGUUGUAUGUGACAUGGCCGAGGAGAAGAACUUGCAGCUACGCGACGAUCGAAAGAACACUUACUUCAAGAUCCCUCACAAGGAUGGCCCGCAGGCUCGGUGCACCAAUCCUUUGGGGAAGGGCUACAUGCAGUACUUUGAGCGUGGAAUCCUGUCUUCUCAAUUCGAGCUUGCUAAGGAGGCCUUGGACAUGAACGCCUCGUGCUCUUAUUGGAUCAGCGCGAGAGACCGAAUCAUGGGUCAGAUGGUGGUUUAUGAAGAUCAAAUCCAAAAGAGUGGCUCCGCACAAGAUCCGACCGAAAAUCGGCUAGGUUUCAUUCUACCCCAGGUCAUCCCCAUGGGUACCAUCACCCGCCGUGCCGUGGAGAAUACCUGGCUCACUGCAAGCAAUGCAAAGGCCAAUCGGGUUGGGUCCGAGCUGAAGGCGAUGAUCAAGGCCCCUCCAGGUCAUGUUUUUGUUGGCGCGGAUGUUGAUUCUCAAGAGUUGUGGAUCGCCAGCCUUGUUGGAGACGCUCCGUUCCAGUUGCACGGGGGUAACGCGAUUGGCUUCAUGACGUUGGAAGGCUCCAAGGCUGCAGGGACCGAUUUGCAUUCCCGCAGUGCCUCGAUUCUGGGCAUCUCGCGUAAUGACGCUAAAGUCUUCAACUACGGUCGAAUCUAUGGAGCAGGCGUCAAGUUCGCGGCGACGCUCCUACGCCAGUUCAACCCUUCCUUGACCGAGAGGCAAACACAGGAGACUGCAGCCAACCUUUAUAAGGAGACCAAGGGCACGCGUACCUCACGCCGAGCCCUGAGCGAAACCCCAUUCUGGCGAGGUGGCACUGAAUCAUUCGUGUUCAACAAGCUCGAAGAGUUUGCCGAUCAGGAACGGCCGAGAACCCCGGCACUCGGCGCUGGGAUCACUGAAGCUCUUAUGCGCCGGUUCAUCAACAAGGGAAGCUUCAUGACUUCUCGCAUUAACUGGGCUAUCCAAUCGUCAGGUGUUGACUAUCUUCACCUUCUCAUCGUGGGCAUGGAUUAUCUCAUUCGACGGUUCAACAUCCAGGCCCGCCUGUCUAUUACUGUUCAUGACGAGAUUCGCUAUCUAGUGAAGGAUGAAGACAAGUACCGGGCUGCUCUUGCACUCCAGAUCGCCAACGUUUGGACACGUGCUAUCUUCUCACAGCAAGUUGGCAUCGACGACCUCCCUCAGUCUUGUGCGUACUUCUCCGCUGUCGAUAUUGACCACGUCCUGCGGAAAGAGGUCGACAUGGACUGCAUCACACCUUCACAUCCUCACAAAAUUCCUCAUGGGGAGACUCUGGAUAUCUCCAAACUGCUGGACAAGAAUGAUGCUGCCUUCUUGGACCCUUCUAUCACCCCUAGAUCUCCUCCCAAUCCUGAAAAAUAUGACUAUAUACCGCGGGAGUCGGUCAUGUCUACCCUGCAGGCAUCCAACGAUCUCGCGUUUAUCAAAGCUCAAAUCACAAAGGAUGACAAGGAGCUCCGUGAGAUUAUCAGAGAGAAAGCCCAGGCUGCUAGUGCCGGCAAGCCCACCACAACCCGCUCUUCGCCCUCAAAAGCCAAAGGUAAAUCCAACGGCUGGGUGUCUGCGGAGCCCCAGCGCGCAGUGCUGAUGGACAUGGAAUCUGGCUUAUACCCUGACUUCCGAAACCCUCGACCAUCCUCGAACGGAAAUGGCAAGCAUCAACAUCAGGUUGGCAUGUACCGGUCUUCUUGGAAGCCUCGGCCUUCUGCUCGUGCUUAG